GUAUGAUGUAUUUGCUCAUCUCAUGAGAAUAAAAAAUGAAGACAGCCAAAUCUUUUUGUUUGCUGUUCUUCAAAGCCAAAUUGACCAAGUGCGGCUAGAAAAGCCAUUUUCGAGACACUCGGCUCAGUGAUACACCUGAUCUAUUGCAAUAAAAAAGCAGAUCGGAAGUCCAAUUUACAGGAUGAAACGGCGGUCUCAAGGUGAUGGUAUUUGCUCUGAGAUUAUUAUCAAGAAUUUAUUCAAUAAAGAGAGAAAAGGAUAAGCAAUACGACGUGAAAAGCAGCAAGGUCAUAAGAAAUAACGCCUUUUGAACAUAAAGUUAUCAGAAAUAGGACUAAAGCACAUCUGCUCUUAUGUGGCAAAUGAAAAAAAACAACAUCUAAUUUCAACAUGUUAAAAUAUGAUAGCAAUGUUCAAACUGUGUAGUGCUGUACUAAGUGGAAGAUUGAGUAAAGGAGGCAUUUUAUAACCCUGGGUACCACAGGCUCGAAGCUUCACUAUUAAGGUUCCGCAAGCAGGCGACAACGACUGAGCAUUUGACUUGAAAUUGUACAACGAAAAGACGUCAAAGUCGAGGACGGGCGGCGAGCAGAAAAACAGUAAAAGCUACAGGAUUUUAAAGGAUAAAGGAUUUUAGUUGAAGUGAAGGGAAGGAAAAGUAAGAAAUUGAACUGGAUUCAACUAUACAAAAAUAAAAAAGUUAGGGAAUUUAACUGUACGAAUAGAAGAGUUUGAAUCGUAGAAAUUGAAGAAAUAUAACUGCGCCAUAUCAAACUCGGUGGACAGGACGUGAGCAUGGCUAACAACACGACAUUUUACGGGAACGUUUCUCUUGCCAGUCCCGUCCCUUGGUUUAUUUGGUAUAAGACGCCAGAAGAUCAUCGCCUUGGGCUUCUUUCCGCGUACAUCGGCAUCGUGACGCUCUCAUUGCUCGGUGACAUUGCGCUAAUUGCAGUCAUCUGCAAGUACCGGCACCUGCGAACCAAAGGGAACUACUUUGUACUGAACAUGGCAGCGUCAGACAUAGCCGCACUUCUUGUGCUUACUCGCUCUGUCUAUAUAUUGCAUAGUGAGUCAAACGCCUGGGACAUCCAGGGUUGGCCAGGGGAUAUUCUGUGUAAAUUAGCUGCCUUUACGCGCGAUAUUACGAUCAGUGUAUCCAUACAAAGUAUGGUUUUCUUGGCAUUGAACAGAUACGUUGCCGUGGUCUAUCCAGCAAGACCACCCCCGGUGAUUCUGAGACCACAAGUAGCUAUUCCCUUUAUAUGGGUUGCCGGGUUCGCCACGUUUGGAGUGUACUUUCGGGUCUACAGAAUCGAGGUAAUGUAUGGCGAGAUUUACUGCUUCAACCGAUGGGAGCCGCCAUUUGACCCUUCAACCGGACAGCGUAACUUCUAUAUAAUGUUCAUGAUAACACAGUUCUUCAUCCCGCUCCCGCUAAUGACCGUCAUCUACAUCGCAAUCGCCCUGAAUCUCAAGCGGCAAGUGAUACCAGGCGAGCAAUUACCUGAAAACGAAAGACGCCAGCGAAAGCGCAACAAAAACGCUGUGCUGAUGGCUGCCGCAAUUGUCGGUUCUUUCGCAGUGUGUUGGGCUCCUCAGCACACAUUUGAACUCCUACAAUGGAGAGGAGCGUUGAGUGAUUUGAAGUUUGAAGAGUACGUUUAUAUACACAAUACCGUGGUAGUGAUGACCUAUGCUAGCUUCGUCAUUAAUCCAUUAAUCUGUUUCAUGUUUACUGAGGGCCUUCGUAAGGCGUUGAAGCAAAUGUUGACGUGUGGCUGUUUCCUAAACUCGACAUGGAUCGAACCCUCAAAGACGAUGGAAACCAGCUUGAAUUUACGAACUAGACAGCGCCACGAUGAAACCGUGAACGAAGACGGCUGAAAAUCAAAGCAUUUGAUGCGAAAAUUCAAGUAAUAAAGAUUGAUUAAUUGAUUAAUAAAAUUGUGUCUGGUAGAUGUCACUUGAUAAUGACGAUGGUGACGAUAAUGAUGAUAAUGGUGAUGAAGAUGAUAGGGAUGUUGAUGAUGGUGGUCGCGAUAAUGAUGUUGGUGAUAACGGCGACAAAAAGAUAUGACUAUGUUGAGCAAGGUAAACUUAUUCUAACACUUUUGUACUGGCGAAAAAUGUGUAUCGAAUAUAUGAAGUAAUUUUUCUAUGAAUUGAAUUAAGAAUAUUUUUAAUUUAGAUUAAAAUAUCAUAUAAAAAGAGAGAACCAAA